UACUAAAAAAAAUAAAAAAAAUCAAAGUUUACCGAGUGCCGGAUCGAGGACACUCGGCAAAGCAUCGCAAAAAUAUAUAUGGUCACGCACUCACGCCCGAACAGAACCAAUCGAGCCAGUCCCUUCAGCGCAGAUCCUCGGCGCCGCCCCGUCCGGCCGCAACGCCACAUGGCUCAUGAGCUCGCCCGCAACGCCGCCCAGGCCGGCGGCUCGCCCUCCCCCGGCCACCCCGCCCCUGGUAGGCGGCUCGCUAGAUCCCGGCCGCCCUGCUCCCGACCGGCGGCUCGCCAGAUCCCGGCCGCCCCGCCCUCCACCUGCAGUCCCACCCCGACCGGCGGCUCACCCUCCACCUGCAGUCCCGCCCCCGACCGGCGGCUCGCCGGAGCCCGGUCGCGCCGUGGCGUUCUUGUGCACGCGCAGCACGUACAGGGACGGCAGCUGGCAGAUUUCAGGCCACGCGGUGGCUGCUGAGAGUUCAGGCAAGUAAUUCUUGCAGAUCUGCUCGAAAUUCAAUCUAAAAAAUGCUAGGCCAUAAUUCUUUUUUGAUCGAAUGCAACAUGCCAGUAAUUUCUAAUCUGGAACAACUAAUAAUAGUGUUGUUGUUUUUUUGACUGAUUGAUUCUUAUGUUCGAUUUUUUAACCAAAUUAAGCAUAGGAUUGAUUACUUUCUAUACUUUGAAGGUAUGUACUGUAUGUUUUGUUUGGUAGGUAGGUUUAGCAUGACUGGGUUCAGUAGCAAAAUCGUUAUAAUUCCUUUUAUUCAUGGUGCUUGGUGAGGUUGCUAUCUAUGAAUUUGUCUAUAUGACACAUGAUGUGAUGUAUCUCUUAUAGUAGAAGCUCAAAGGAUAUGAAUUUGCGAUCCAUGGAUUUUUACCCCCCUACUGCACAUAUACCUUGGUAUCUGAUUUCUCCUAGUGAUGAUUUUGCAGGUACUUUUCUGAGUUCAACUCAGGU